ACGACUAACAGGAUUGUGAGCUACAGACCAUAAGCUCAACCUCACCAACAGCUCUUGUGAUUGAGAAUUGAACUAUUCCAUCUUCGAUUUCUUUCCCAUUUGCCCUUUCUUUUUAAUAGCCCCAAUGUCCGGUCGAUUCGUGCGUGCCUCCAAAUAUCGGCACGUCUUUGGACGCCCCACGAAAAAGGAACAAUGUUACGAUAAUUUACGUAUCUCCCACAAUGCGUGGGACACCAAUCUCGUCAAGGCCAAUCCGAAAUAUCUGUCGGUCAAUUGGGAGUCGGGCGGAGGUGGUGCUUUUGCUGUGCUGCCGUUGGAGGAGCGUGGUCGGCUGCCGGAGCUGAUUCCCCUCUUUCGAGGCCACACCGCUGCGGUGCUAGAUACAGAUUGGCAUCCUUUUGACGAUUCGCUCGUUGUAUCGGGAUCCGACGAUGCCAAGGCAUUCCUCUGGAAAGUGCCAGAGGACUUUACCUUAUACACCGAUGCCGAGGAGCCUCAGGAUGUGGCUCCAAUCGCCAAGCUCUCUGGACACACAAGAAAGAUUGGCCACACCCUAUUCAACCCUGCUGCGGCGAACGUUCUUGCGACUGCUUCUGGGGACUAUACCAUUAAGAUUUGGGACAUUGAAGCUGAAAAGCCCAACCUGACGUUGAAGCAUGGUGACAUCAUCCAGUCUCUCUCAUGGAGCGGCAACGGCUCAAUGCUCGUUACAACCUGUCGGGACAAGAAGGUGCGCAUAUGGGAUCCCCGCCAGGAGCGUGCGGUACAGGAAAUGGCUGGACACCCUGGCGCGAAGAACAGCCGUGUGGUAUGGAUGGGCGAGCAUGACCGUGUGGCUACCACUGGUUUCUCCAAGAUGAGCGAUCGGCAACUGGGUCUCUGGGACAUCCGUGGGGGCAAGGAGCCUCUCGGAGGGUUCAAGAAGCUUGACUCGAUUUCCGGUGUCUGCAUGCCUUUCUGGGACGACGGCACCCAGUGUCUCUACUUGGCUGGAAAAGGUGAUGGAAACAUUCGUUACUUUGAAUAUGAAAACGAUAAAUUCGAGUUCCUCGCUGAAUACAAAUCCACCGAUCCGCAGCGUGGCAUUGCAUUCCUGCCGAAGCGUGGUGUCAACGUCCAUGAGAACGAAGUCAUGCGCGCCUACAAAACGGUCAACGACACGUACAUUGAACCUGUUUCGUUUAUUGUUCCGCGCCGCGCAGAAGUGUUCCAAGCCGAUAUUUUCCCGCCCGCCGUUGGUCUCAAACCGGCCAUGUCUGCCAAGGAAUGGUUCGAUGGCAAGGAGGCUUCACCACCCAAGAUUAGCCUUGAAGACAUCUAUAACAAUCAGGAGCCGUCCGAGGUGCCAGCCGACUUCCAGCCUCCCAAGCAGCCCCCCAAAGAAAAUGCUGCGCUGUCACAGAAAUCUGCCACACCGUCGCCUGCGCCAACGGCAAAGGCAACUGCUGCCGCACCCGCACCUGAGCCAGCCAAGGAGGCAGCUCCCGUAAACCAGGCGACGACCGUCAAGCCUCCGCCAUCCGUGAAUGAUACCAAGAGCGCCAUGGCUGAUGCGGCGGCCAAGUUCGCCGACAAGGCAGAGGAAUCUUCUAGCGAAGACGACGAUGACAAUUCCAGUUUUGAAGAAAUUCCAAAGCCAACGGAACGCUUCUCCGCUGCCGCAGUUGCGUCGCGCAUGGAAGAGAAGACGCACGGCCCUCAGCUCUCCUUGCCUCCGCAUGGGUUGGCUGCGAAACAGGAACGAGAAACCCCGGCCGCCAAAGAGAUUAAGCAACUGGCUGCUACAUCCAGCGCGAAGCCAGAAGAAAAGAAGCCCACGCCAAUCUCUUCACCAUCACCCCAACCUCAACAGCAAACGUCCAAGAACGUCAUCACCUCCAGCCUUACCACCGACAUGGGCCCUAUCCAGGACUCGCUACACGAAAUUAAGCAACUGCUCUCACAGCAAACCCGCACACUCGCUGUCCAGAAUGACAAGAUUGCUCAACUCACCGCCGAAGUCGACACGCUCAAGACCCGUGUCGGCGAGGCCCGUAGCAGCCGCGACAAGGACGAGCGUAUUCGUCAAUUGGAGCUCGAACUUGAGCAGUCGAGGUCUUAAGCGGCCUGUGUGUCCAGAGGGUCGCCCUGCUUGGACAAAUUUGUAAGAUGGACGAGUUUUGUCGGUUUACCGUAUGUCGCGGCGAGUUGUACGAUGUAAUUCAAAUAACCAAAUACCAUCAGUGCACAUUUGCAUCUCUAAUUCAUUGUUGAUGAGUCCCAUAGUUGAAAGUUCAAAAUUUUGAUAUUGUUAUAUCGUUACAGCUUUUGAUAUUCCUCUUCGUUUCAUUUCUACCCUGCUUAUCGUUUUGACAACUUCUCAUACUCUAACAUGUCCAGGUACCAUAAGUGUAAUACCUUUCUGCAACAUCAGGCAUAAAAACAGAGUAGUGUUUAUCACAAAAUAUAUAUCCUUUUACCUAGCUUUUUUAUCCAAAUACCAAUUCAAAUCUAUCAAACCCGU